AUGAUUAAAAGCUGGAUCGCAAAGGAUAACGUAAGCAGCACGACCACCGUCGCAGCAACACCAAACAGAACCGGCAGUGUAUUGUACACGGACGCACAGGUUAACUGGAAUUCCGGCGCCGUGUUCUUAGCGUGCAUCGCCGUUCUAACAUUCCUGGUGAACACACUGAUCCUUGUGGUAUUUAUCCGUCACCAUGACCUCCGUUCCUCCUUCACCGUGUACAUCAUGGCGCUGCUGUCAGCCAACGCGUUGUACUGUGUAACCGACGACAUUUUCGUCAUUAUCGAGCAUGUUUUUGCCCUUUUCCCGUUGGGUUAUGGAUCUUGCACAUUUCGCCUGUAUUCCGGUUGGGUGCUAACCGGAAUCCAGCCGCACAUGCACGUCCUGAUCACCGUCAACCGGAUCUGGGCCAUCGCCUUCCCGAUCUCCUAUCGGCAAAAACACACGAUAAAAACCGCGGUUUUCCUAGUUAUCGCUGCGAUUGUAUACGUGCAUAUUAUUUGUGCACCCGGUGUCGUCGUCGACGCGAUGUUUUACCGCCAUCCGGUGGAGGUCAACGGCUGUAACAUCAAUAUCGACUACCAUGGGCAGAUAGUGUGGGAAGCGAUUUGUAUGAUUGUUAUCUACGAUUUGCCCAUAUUUUUCAUGGCGGCGGCGUUUCCGUUCUUAUGGCGACAGACCAGGAAACAGAAGAUGCUGGUGAAGCAUUCGGAUACCGCAAUGACGGUUACACCGGCACAAAUCAUCGUUAAGAAACGCGGGACGACUAAGGGUUUUCUGGUGUUGACAGCGUUAACAACUGGUGUUGUCAUCUGCUGGACACCGUAUAAUAUGUACUACACGGUGGGUGUGUUUGUCGAUGUAGAUAUACCCAUAAUGCGACAGGUGGGAUUCUAUUUGUACUCCAUCCAGCCGCUACUGGAUCCUCUGCUGAUUCUUAUUACGAUGAAGGAUUUGAGAGUGGCCAUCAAGAAUGAUGUGUUUCGCCUAAGUAAAUUCGAUUUUAUGCGCAUUGUUUAG